AUGCCUGGUCUUCCAUCCAGUAUCGACUUGGAUGAGUGCAUCGAAAGAAUCUACCGGAGAGAACUGCUUGCAGAAUCAGUUAUCGAGGCGAUAUGCGCCAAAGCGAAGGAGCUGUUGAUGACGGAGAGCAAUGUGGUUCAUAUCGCUGCUCCUGUCACUGUGGUUGGGGACAUUCACGGCCAGUUCUUGGACCUGAUCGAGAUCUUUAGGAUUGGCGGAUAUCCCCCCGACACAAACUAUCUCUUCCUAGGUGAUUAUGUGGACCGCGGUCUGUUCAGUGUUGAGACCAUCACCCUCCUUGUGUGCCUCAAGCUCCGCUACCCGCAUCGCAUUUUCUUGGUCCGCGGCAAUCAUGAAUCCCGUGGAGUCACGCAGUCCUAUGGCUUCUACACCGAGUGUGCCCGAAAAUAUGGCAACGCCAAUGUGUGGCACUACUUCACCGACAUGUUUGACUUCAUCACACUAAGCGUUGUGAUCAACAAUGAAAUCUUCUGCGUGCAUGGCGGCCUCUCCCCCUCUCUCCAUUCUCUCGACCAGGUCAAAAUCAUUGACCGUUUCCGUGAGAUCCCCCACGAGGGGCCCAUGGCUGAUCUGGUCUGGUCGGACCCGGACCCUGAUCGUGAUGAAUUCUCCCUCUCUCCCCGUGGCGCUGGAUAUACAUUCGGGGCACAGGUUGUUCGCAAGUUCCUCGAGCUCAACAGCAUGUCCCACAUUCUGCGGGCCCACCAGCUCUGCAACGAUGGCUACCAGGUUCUGUUUGAUGACCGACUCAGUACGGUUUGGAGUGCCCCCAACUACUGCUACCGCUGCGGCAAUAUGGCCAGUGUCCUUGAGGUCGGCGACCAGGGAGAGCGAUUCUUCAAUACCUUCGAAGCCUCGCCCGAGAACGAUGUGCAUCGCAAUGAGCAGAUGCAGCAGAACAGGGAUGGAAAAAAUCCCAUGAUUGACUACUUUUUAUGA